CAUUAUUAGAAUCACAUUUAAAGUCUCCCAGCUCUCACUUACUCUCACUCUGUCUAGCAUACAUCGUCUUUGUCCAUCCGUGGGCCCUCUGCUUUUGGCAUACUAAUACUGCUGCCAAUGUUUUAUGUGAAAAUAUUUGUUACUGUUACUAACUGCUCUCAUUGAAGAAGAUAAGGAAACCUAUUUUUUUUCUUUGUCCACAGCCAUGAGGAUUUUUAUUGCUUUUGAAGGGUUAUGUGAGCCUUUUGACAUUUCCCAGGACCAAACAAUCCAGGCUAUAAAGAUGAUGGUCAAGGAUUUUUUUCAUUUGCAACUCAUUGAUAAUAAGCAAAGUCAUCAGUUCUUGGAGCUUUCUUAUGCUGGAGCUACUUUGGAAGAUAGCUGGGUGCUGGCCGAUAUUGGAAUAACUCCAUUUUCCACUAUCAAAUGUGUCUUGAAGGAGGAAGAUAAACCAGUUCUGCUGGUGUACAAUACUCUUAUGAAGGAGUCCAUGCAGAUCAUGGGAAAUCUUUACUUGCUGUCAUCAAGAGUGUCCACCCUAAAGACAAUGAUAUCUAUGAAAUGUGGACUACCAGUGAGUGUGUUCUGGCUAAGUUUGGAGAAUGGUGUCCAGCUCUAUGACUGCAACAAGCUGGAUGACUAUGGAAUUGAAGUAGGGGCUACCAUCUUUCUCACUGUAUGGGAUGGUUGGGAUGAAUUUUUAAGAGGCUGCUUUAUGGGGCAUAAGCACAAAAUCUAUCGUUGUCUCUCCAAGGAAGAGCCUGUUUUAAGAUUUCAGCAGAGAGUUGCCCUGUACAUUUCUGCUUUCUUAGGCCACCUGGAGCUGGCUGGCUGGCUUUUGAAGAAAGGAGUUCGGGCCAAUAAGCCUGUUGGUGUCCAUCCCUAUAGGGCAUGGUGCCAAGACAUGGAUCAUGCUGAUAACUUAAAGUGUCCAGUUCACACUGCUGCUGAGUCUGGGCAACUCCUUUUGCUCAAAGUAUUUAUCAACAACAACAUUCUCUGCUUGGAGAGCCUUAAUCCACUAGGUUUAACUCCCCUGAGGAUCUGCAUCAAACACAAGCACAAGGAGUGUGUGCUUUACCUUGUUACCAAGAUGUGGUCUGUUGUGUCUUACCCUGGACUUUCUCUUCCAGUAGGCAUAUACAUAAAAAUAAAGCGCUGGAUCUGUAGAGCUCAGAAGCACAUUGUAGUUCAACGGAUCCUUUGUAGGACUGCCACCUUUAAUACCAGGGUAGGAGACACUGUUCUGAUUGAUGGCUUUAUCCAAACAAAGCCAAAAAACAAAGUACAUGAAUUAUGUUACUUUCAACCGAGAUAUACUUUGCCAGCACUUUGUUCAGAAACUAUCCAAAAAGAAAAUAAUGAAUUUCCUAAUGAAGCCUCAUUCCCUCACAUUCAACAAGGAGCACAUGCAGAGACACGCAAAAAGAGAAGAGUGAACACCAAGAAAGCUCCAGAAGCAGUUAGUACAGCUAAAAACACAUGGAAAAGUCAAGUCCCUCUUCCCCCAAUUUCCCAGGACACCAACCCUCGGCCACAGUUCAUUUACACCUCUCCAGAUGCUUCCUUUCUCCUGACAUCAUCCUUGCAGUCUUUUACACGACACAGUGGAUGGACACCUAGAGAAAAUGCAAUUUAUUGUUUGGCCCGGGCAAGUUCCUUUACAGAGAAACCUUGGCUUCGACAACUUGGCAUGGCAAGGAAUUUGGCCAGAAGAACUGUGCACAACAUAACAUAAAAUCUGUGUAUCGCAUCCUUGGACACACUAUUUUUACUUAUGACUAUUUUCUUUUCAGUUGUUUAUUAGGAAUUAAUCAUUUGUUGCCUGUCUGUGUAGCAGAUUAAUUUGUCUUGCUAUCAGAGAAAGUGUUAGAAUUUUGCAUUUUUACAAUCCUUGUUCUCCAGGCAGAAAGAAGACAUAGUGAAGAAAUCAGCAUUAUGAGAAUUUCACUGUCUUGCACUAGGGUUUCUUUCUUGUUAGGCUAGAUAAUUACAAUGGAUGACAUAACCAUUCAAUAAAAAACAUCUGUAGAUCAGAUUAACAAUAUGAUAUCUCUGAUUUAAAAUAUGUCUGUUUUUUAUCC